UUCCAGCACCCAACUUCAUCAUACUUCCCACAGUUCACCCAAUUUCGAACCAUCCAUCACUAUGCGUUUCUCUACCGUGGUCCUUGCGCUUGUUGGUGCCGUUGCUGCCCUCGACCCAGCCCCUACUGCUGGAAGUGCAUGCACGUGCGGUCAAGCCCCCGAAAUUGUAUACAGCAAGUGCUUCAUGAACGCAGAUGGUACGAACAGCAUCUGGCUGUGCAUGGGCUCUUGCACAUGGCUAUUGGCAGCGUCUCCCGUCCAAUGUGGCGUCUGAUUGUCUCAGAUAUGACGCUAGAGAUCCUGUAUGAUGUACUUCAGGCAUCCCAGCUACUUGCUCACCAUACUCGUGAGACAAUC